UACCUUGACUAUAAUGUAGUCAAAAUAUAAGUUUGCGACUAUACUGUGCCUUCCAACAUAAUGAAACCGACGAGAUGACCACUGACAAUGAAAACAGAAUAACAGUGGGAUGAGAAAAAUAUUAUUUUAGACACUUUGGAUAGGCCAAACGAGCAGCUUUCGAAUCCACAACCCACAACCAUUCGCAUAAACAAUAAUAUUCAUUGUCGAACUGAUCAUUGCAAAAGGCUGGAUAUGCUGGUGAGGAAAUACUUGAUGAAACCAAACAUUUUCUUGUCUUUCUUUUUGAACUUAUGCUUCAAAUACAUUCCAUAACUUUGGAUGGUGUACCUUAUAGAAAUGCAUCUCUACCAAAAUGACUGGUUAUACAUUGUACCUUAUGAUCAAUACAAUACACAUAUUUUUAUUGGCUUUUCAAGUUAGAAAGAACGAAUAAAUACAACAGUGCCAUUCUGAUAAAUGUUAUAUUUGAUAUUUCAGUUUUGGCAACAUCUUGGUUCCUUCAACCUCAAAUAACGUGAGAAAGUUGAUAUUAACUGCAUUUAAAUUCUACUACAUAUCUAGCUGCAAACUUCUUUCCUUCCAUGAGUUCUUUGAAAUAUAUCUAAAAUACUAUAAUACAUCGAUGUGUAUUCCUAAAAUUGGAUUCCUCGUCUCUCAAUGCUGCUUCACACACAUCUCUUUCUUAUCAGUAGCUACAAGUAGUUAGCAUAAGUCGCAUCAUUCGGUUGUAGCACAUAAUAUAGCCAAUCGGACCUAACCUAUCAGUUAGUAUCUGCAUGGCUAUGGCAUUGAGCAAUAUCGCUCGACAGUCAAGUAAAGCAAUGGCAAGUACGUACGAUGAUUUUUGCCAAUUUCAUGGAAACAAUUUUGUACUUUUGGCGAUCGAUGAUGUCAAUAUAUCUAAUACAUAUCUUAUUAAAGGUCUUCGAUUGGCCCUGGUACAACUUGCCGUAACUGACGAUAAAGCGACAAACAUCUCUCGAGCAAUCUCUUUUGUCGAACGAGCAAAACAACAAGGCGCCGACGUCGUUGCACUGCCAGAGUGCUUCAAUUCACCUUAUGGAACUGCACAUUUUCCAAAUUACGCUGAAAAUGUUCCCGCGGGUGAAACAAGUCUUGCGCUAUCAGCUGCAGCUAAAAAAAAUGGAAUUUAUGUAAUCGGUGGUUCGAUUCCGGAAAGAGAUGGGGAAAAGUUUUUCAACACUUGCACGGUCUGGGAUUCCGAAGGAAAAUUCAUCGGAAAAUAUAGAAAGGUGCACUUGUUCGACAUUGAUGUAAAAGGAAAAAUGACAUUCAAAGAAAGUGACAUCCUCACCGCUGGCAAUGAACUUCUUACGUUUCACAUCAAGAACUGGAAGAUUGGUUUAGGAAUCUGCUACGACAUUCGGUUUGAAGAGUUGGCUCGUCUGUACCGUAACUUAGGGUGCCAAUUGAUGUUUUAUCCUGGUGCUUUUAACAUGACUACCGGACCUUUGCAUUGGUCUCUUCUGCAACGCGCUCGUGCCAAUGACGCCCAGCUUUAUGUUGCCGGCGUAUCUCCGGCCAAAGUAGACGGUUCUGGUUACGUAGCUUAUGGCCACACGCAGCUAACGGAUCCCUGGGGAAAAGUGCUUAAGGAGUUGGAGUUCGCGCAAGAUAUGAUUGUCGCUGAUAUUGAUAUGACAGUCGUUGAUGAGGUCAGAGCCCAGAUUCCAAUUUUUGGCCAACGUCGUACCGACUUGUAUGAAACUUGUUGGAAGAAAAAUUAGCACAAACAGCGACAAAGUUUGUAUCUACCUUAAAAUGGAUUUUGAAAUUGAAAAAAUCAAACUUUUUUUAAUCACCAAACCCAUUAAACCAUAU